CUUUUUUCUUCCUGGUCUUUGUCUAUUUAUACAUCAAUGCCUAAGCAACCAAAUAAACCAUUCCUUGCAAGUUUUCCAUCUUCCAGUUCAUUUUAUUUGAACCUCAUCAACUAAAGCUUUAACUGUUACUACAAUGACAUGUUCAUGACAAGCUCAAUAAUUUUUCAAAGAAAAAGUGCAGUGCAUGGCAAGUCUUGGGUUACAUGUAACAUGUGCAAAUGGGUUUUUAGGCAUAAAUUUUAUGUUGUUUGGAAAUCCUCCUCACAAUUAUAGCAGAAAAAUCAUAUUAGCUAAUGGUUUUUUUCAUACAAUCUAUUAAUCAUUCAACCUUUUCAUGAUGAUUUUAAUAGCAAGUAAUCCUUUGAAUACAAUUUUCUACAAUAAAGUUGUUGUAGCAUCAAAAUAAGAUAGCAGUAUUUGCUUCAAGAAAAUUCAGAAAGCUGCGACACAUUGAUAGGCAUUUCUAGUAUAAAUUUUGUCUGGUGAGUAAGUAAAAUAGGUUCUGCAAAGCUAUAAAAUACAAAGCACAUCAGAGCAGCCUUGUACAUGAUGUGAACUCUUGUCAACAAUUUAAAAUGCAACCAAUUAAACAUUAACUGCUGUCUGUUAGACAACUGAAUAAUCUUUCACAGUAACUGCAAUUCCAGAUCUGCUUGUUUUUGUUGGCUUCAAGGGGUUUGAUGAUUUCUUUUCCUUGGCAUUAAUUGCAGCAUAUAAACAAAUAUACAAUAUCUAUUCUAAUAUUCAUUUGGUUUGAGUAAUACCAACAAGGAAUCAUAUGCACUUUCUGGAAACUAACAAACAGAACAGCGAGCAUAGAAAGUAGGAAAAUACUCAAUUUGCCACUAGUGUUGUAGUGCUAUCAAAAUAACAAUGUGCUCUUGCACAUACUGUAAUGUUGCUAAAACAAUAGCAAAAGUAGAAAUUGGCUAACUUUUGGCAUUGCAAGGGGUGCAGCCCCUUUUUGUGACAAUCCAGUUUGUUACUGUUGCCACUAAUUGGGUUUUUUGCUGUUGCCAUAGCCCAUUAGGUUUACAAAAUUCCCUUAUUUUGCAUAAAAUAACACUUCAAAGUUUUUUCAACUUUAACAAAGUUUUUGUUGACAAUGAGAUAUUUCCAGGGACGCUGGAGAGGGGGAGUUGCAGGGGGGGCGUCCUUGUUGCCUUUUAAUAAGAGGAGGAAGAGAGUCCAAGUGCCCUUAGCACUGGCCAUUUGUAAUUUAAAAAGUUCAUAUGAAAUUCUGACUGAACUGACUUUUUUAUGACGACAUUUUUCAAAACAUUCAAAGAAAUAUCUUAUGCCAAAAGCCAAUUUUUAAGUUAUCUACAAAAGAUUGUAACAAAUGACAAUUACAAAAGAAUUGUAGCUGGGAAUUAUUUUUCAAAUGCCCUUUUUCUCAAGCCUGCCCCCCCCCCUCCCCCUUAGUCGUUCCGGCAUCCCCGGAUUGUUCCAGACUGAGCUGGUGUUAAAUCGUGAGACAACAAAUUUCUUUGAUGCUAAAGUGGUUCUCUUCUUUUCAAAAACUGAAUGACUAAUAACAAAUAGUAAUCAAUAACAAGUAGCAAAAGGUAAUGUCGAAAAUAGGCACCAAUUGUAUGGUCAGUGGUAUGGUCUCUUGAACUCAAUGGCAAGAUAUAUGCAUAUUAAUGAUUGUGACAGCUUUUAUUUAGAAUUGUCGCAGAAACCUGGGCAAAAUAAUGGAAUUCUGGCAUCAUAACGAGCAUGGAGAAACAGCAGAACCAAUUAAAUAAAACAAUCCAAUGUACAGGAAUUUAAAAGGUAAGCAGGAAGGAAAAACAUAAGGAAAAUGUUCCCUAGUGUCCACAUUUUCGAGUCGAGGCUCAUAGAAUCUGAAAUCGAGGUGGAUUUCAAAUGGCGCUUGAUUUUGUUUUGGCGCAAAAGAAGAUGUGUUAACGUCGACAAACCUUGUAAUCUGCCAGGCAGAGUAAAUUAUGCUACAUUCGUUGAAGAAAACUAUAUCAGGAGCAAUAAGUAGUAUAAAAGAUAAAGUAAGCCCAUCGCUGCCCGAAGAAAGAAUACAAGGGAAGUAUGAUAAACCGAACCUAAAAAGGGUCCGCCAGAGCCAAAGCCAAUUUCUUUCUGAGUCAAAUUUGGACCAAGACAUUUUUGGGGUGCCAACUAAAAAGAGAUUGAAAAAGAAUAAUGAAGGCUUGAAUAACUUUCUUGAAACAAACAAGGGUGGAGACAAUAAAUCAGAUUCUACUCCAAAAAAUUUACUCAGUUUUAAGGCAAGCCAGGCAGUCACCUCACUAGCAAUGGCCUAUACAAAGGACCCUCAAAAUUUUAAAAAUCCCUUAAAGUUGAAGAAGAUAGAAGAAGCCAAGGUUAGGAUCCCUUCUAUAGCACUCCAAAGAAGAAAAUCACUUCAUGGAAGCAUAAGUGAAGAUGAUUCAGAAUUGCUAUCUUGUGUCACUGGAAAAGAGACAAUAAGCAGUUCAUUGCAGUUAAGUAGUGAUAGAGUUCUUAAUGGAGCAAAAGGAAGUGGAAAAGUGUCUCUUCAAGAAGACACCGAAGGAUCAAUGUUUUCAAUAUGGAAUAGACAGAAACGAAAACUAUAUGCAGCUGAGACUGUUAUUCGACUAGAAGAGCGUGAUCGAUACAAAAAGCUUCUUGAAGAGUACACAAAUGCGUCAUCGGCUUUUUCAUCAAAUUCUGUUCCUGAAUCAAGACUUAACAAGGAAAUGCACGAAAGAUCUCAGCACUUAUUUGAAGAUGACAGUUAUCCAAGGUUGCGAAACGCUGGCGCAAUUCUUGACAAAUUCAGCAAGGCAUUUGAAGUGAAUUCGUCUACAAAUUCUCUACUAUCAUCCACUGCUAUUGCUUCAGAAGCCGAUUUACUCAGAAGUGCGAACUCCAAGGCAAGAAGUUUUAAUGGCACGGACACAACUAAUAUCAAUAGGUCUCCCGAGAGUCCACUACAUGAAGACGCAAACCCAUUAGGGAAUAUUUGGACGGCAAGAUGGAGAAAGAUUUUAGACGAAAAAGAAGUAGAUCGACGAAAAAGAAUUCAACACGAGGAAUCCAAACUGAGAAGUUUAGAGAGAAAGCGGAAAGAAAGAGAAUCAGAGCUGCUACGAAAGAUCGAAGAUCGAAAGAACCUUGACAAGAAAAAAGUUGAACCAAAGUUGCCGCCUUUGACGGAUGAAAUGUGCAAAUUGAUAUCAUAUGCCUGGUGCGCGGGAAACCCGCAGGAAUGUUUAGUUGAUGCAUUCAAUGUAUCAAUAACGAGACACGACAUGGCAACACUUGCUCAGCUGAACUGGCUGAAUGAUGAGAUCGUUAACUUUUACUUCAAUUUAUUGAAAGAAAGAAGCAAGCAGCCGGGACAGUUAAAGAUGCAUUUCUUCAAUUCCUUUUUUUAUCCAAAAUUAUUGAAGACUGGUUACGCUGGAGUUCGAAGAUGGACUAAAAAGGUUGACAUUUUUUCAGUUGACAUGGUUGUGUUGCCAGUUCAUCUGGGUAUGCACUGGUGUCUGGCCGCGAUCGAUAUGCGAAAGAAGCAAAUAGCGUAUUACGAUUCGCUGAAGGGAAACAAUGCACAAUGCAUUAGUGCCUUAAGGAAAUAUAUCUCUGAAGAGCAUAAAGACAAAAAGAAAUCUCCGCUUAAUAUCGACGAAUGGACGGAGUGUUCGCCUAAGGACAUUCCAGAACAACUAAACGGGUGCGAUUGUGGUGUUUUCACCUGCAAGUUUGCAGAAUGUCUUACAAAAGACUCACCAAUGAAUUUCAGUCAGGCAAAUAUGCCGUACUUUCGGAAAAGAAUGGUCUACGAAAUCAUGACGAAAAAAUUGCUUUAGAACCAUAAGGACGGAGGGAGCAUUUGUGUCAGUGACGACCCCUGGUAUAAGAAGUUCGAGGUACUUGAAACUGGGAUUGGUUUUAAUUCCAUUAUAAAAGACGUUUCACGAAGAAAAACCAGUUCAAGAAUAAAUGAUACAGAAGGAAAAGGAAACAACAACAAUUUUUAUGCAUAAAAACACAUAAUGAAAUUAGCAGCCUAACGAGGCUAUUUUAGCAGCCUAAUGAAAUUAUUGACUAUGAGCUAGAAGAUUUAUUUGAGAAAUAAAUGUCCAUGAAUUGUUUAAUCCUCGAAUUGUUCUGCUUCAAUGGUUUAAUAGUAAACCCUUUACAGUAAUAUGAGUUAGUUAGUGCAAUGUCAACACGCCCGCUCUAUAUUAACAAUUCCAUUCUUAUUUUCUCUAUAUAUUUAUUAUUAAUUAUAAAACCCUAAACAAGCCGCCUGUGAAGUAUAUUUGAUCAUAUUUGAUUUUGAAAAAGUCAUUUUAAUCUCAGAGAACUCCGCAGCAAAAUAUA